AUGAACAAAAUUAGUGAGAAUAAUAGAUUACGUGAAAAGUAUCCUACAUUCGAAGUACCAUCAUCAUUAUAUAAUGUGAUACAUGUCAACAGAUGUAGUUCAAUGAGAGAAUUACAGUUAUUAAUCAAACACGUGCAAGAGUGUACCAAUUUUACUAUUGAUACUGAAAAUGAAAAAUCGAAUGGUAAAUUGGCAUUGAUUCAGAUUCAAUCAAUCCCGCAACAAUUACCUAUAUCAAUAAUAUUGGUUGAAUUAGCACAUUUGCCGAGUGAUAAUGAUAAGUAUAAUUUAAUUCGAGAACUUUUUAUGUUAAUCUUUAGACCUGAUAAUAAAUUGUAUUCAUGGGGUGAUGCAGCUCGUGAAUUACAACCUGCUGCAAGUUAUGAUUUAUUUAUGUGGCCAAUAUUAGCAACAAUAAUUAAUGUGCAAUUACAUUUUCCAAAUUGGUACAUGUGGGCUCGGACUCGUUGCGAGUCAUGCAGCCUGUCAAUUCAUGAUGAAGAUAAUGAUACUGAUAAUGUUAAUACGCAAGAUAUUUGUCAUCAACCAAGUCCAUACAAACCAGGAGAAGCAUGGGCACUUCAGAAAGCAAUGGUUUAUGCUGCACAACUGUUUAUCGACAAAUCCUAUACAUGUAGUCAUUGGGCUGCUGGUCUUACUUCGAAAAAUUCUACAUUAUCAGAAACUCGAAGAAAUACAAUGAUCCAUUACGCUUUAUAUGAUUGUUUUUCAACAACUUAUUUAGUUAAACCAAUUUUUCAACAAUGGACAUUCGACAAAUUGAAAAAUACAUCAACCACCGAAUUAUUUACAUCAUUUGAACCAUUACCAGUUCCAACAAAGAUUACACCACCAACACAGAAAAAUAGAAUUAAAAAUUUAAAUGUACAAAAACUGAUGAAGAUCUUUGGCUGUGAUGAAUCUGAUCUUGAAUCAGUAUCUGAUGAUGAUGGUGAUGAAAUUUACCUCAAUCAAGUGAUCGGCCCGGUGAAUAAUAAUGAACUUGCUGGUGAAGUUAAACAACUUGUUGCCGGUGGUGAAGAUUAUGAACUUGUUGCCGGUGGUGAAGAUUAUGAACUUGCUGAUGAAGUUAAUACUGAAGAAGUUUUAGCUACACAAGAUGUUCAAGAUAUUAAUGAUGAUCAACAAAUUGAAUCUAAUGAACCAGCUCAAUAUCAACGCAAAUCCUCUUAUCAAAGAAGAAGUCGAUCAGCAAAAAUGCGUCACAACAGAAAGCAUGCUCGACAACAGAAGAAACACCGAUUCGAUCAUCAAAUACGACGAAAAUUCUAUCAUCGAUUCAAAUCAUUUAUGAUUCGAAGAAUCUUGCGGCUGUACCAGAUACCAUUUGUCCACAUGAAGAAGGAUCAAGAUGAUGUGGUGGUGGGUUUACGAAAUGAAGAUAUUCGACGACAAGCUGAUCAUGAUCUGGCAACAACCAUCUUUCAUCGUCGAAGUUUUUAUUAUUAUAAGAACAAGUACCAAUGGUGA